AAAUAAAAAAAUCAGUGACAAGAUGAAGAUACUGAUAUUGAAAUUUCUUCAGUUUGUUUUGCUGCUGAUUUUCUAUGGCAGAUACACCAUAGCUGAAAAGACAACACAAGAAGCCAAAAAAACAUACAUAGUUCACAUGGACAAGUUCAACAUGCCAAAAAGUUUCAGUGAUCACCUCAGUUGGUAUGAUUCAUCACUGAAAUCAGUGUCAGAUUCAGAAGAGAUGCUAUACACAUACAAUCAUGUAGCUCAUGAAUUCUCCAUAAGGCUAACCUUCCAAGAAGCUGAAACACUUUCCAAACAGCUGGGGAUUCUUUAUGUCAUGCCUGAAGUUAGAUAUGAGCUUCACACAACAAGAACACCACAGUUUCUUGGAUUGGAUAAGGCCACAACACUUUUUCCUGCCUCUAAGCAGCAGAGUCAGGUGGUUAUUAGAGUGCUAGACACCGGUGUUUGGCCGGAGCUGCAGAGCUUGGACGACACCGGACUCGGACCGGUGCUGAGUGGCUGGAAAGGUAAGUGUGAAAUUGGAACCAACUUCAAUUCAUCAAGCUGUAACAGGAAACUUGUUGGUGCAAGGUUUUUUACCAACGGGUAUUUUCUGGUUGAAAUUGAGGGACCUGAGCAAAAAUAUGAUUCAGCGGCUAAGAAAGGACUGCAGAUGCUGUUGGAUUCUGAUCUUCCUACACUCGAAGUGAAUUUUCUGGUGCUACAGAAGCCUAAUUGGUGCGCUCUCAAUUGCGUUGGAAAGUAGACAUCUUGGGAUUUCUAGCAAUGUAUAAUAGUUCAUACUUUUCCUGAGAUUUGAUGGCCCAAACUGGCAUCCAAAUGCCCACCAGAGACCCUUUUCUAGCGUAAAACGCUAGAACUGGCACCAAAGUUGGAGUUAAACGCCCAAACUGGCACCAAAGCUGGAGUUUAACUCCAAGGAUGGCCUCUGCAUGUGAAAGCUUCAAAGCUCAGCCCAAGCACACACCAA